AUGUAUCAUACAGGAAGUAUAAUUAGAAGAUUGAAAUCGUUAAAGUCACAUAUUGAAACAUCACAACAAGAGUCUGCCAUCAAUCAAGAUUUCGAAGAACAACAGAAAAAGAAAAAAAAGAAUAAAGAUACAUCGCAACAAGAUCAUCAUGGUGAAGAGGAAGAUGAAACCUAUGAUGUCAUUGUUGUAGGUGGAGGUAUUACAGGUACUUCUUCUGCCUAUCUCUUGGCAAAGAGUGGUUUAAAAGUAUUAUUACUUGAACAAUUCGAGAAGAUGCAUUCUAAUGGAAGUUCACAUGGAGAUGGUAGAAUUAUCAGAUACUCAUAUCCAGAGGAUAUAUAUGUAAAAUUAUCAAAGAUUGCCUAUCCAUUGUGGGCACAAGUAGAAAAGGAAUCAAAACAAAAAUUAAUACAUAUCACUGGUGGUCUUGAUUUUGGUGCAUUCGAUGAAGAAGCACUUAGACAAUUAUUAAUUGCCUAUGAUAAUAAUAAAAUAAGUUAUAGUAUUUUAGGAUAUAAAGAAGCAAACAAGAGAUUCCCACAAUAUAAAUUUGAUAAGGAAACAUUAAUUGUUUACCAGCCAGAUAGUGGAGUGGUAUUUGCAUCAAAAGCAGUUGGAGCACUUUGGUCUUUGGCUCAAAAAUAUGGUGCAACUUUGUUUGAUAAAACAAAGGUAGAUACAAUCACUGUUGAAAAUGAUAAUAUGGUCACUGUAAAGACUCUUGAUCAAAAAACAUUUGUAGCUAAAAAGAUUGUUUUGGCUGCUGGUGGAUGGAUCAAUGACUUACUUUUACGUUCACAAUUGGGAUUACGUAUUCCUGUCAAUAUUUCAAUGGAAAAGGUAUUUUAUUAUCAACCCAAACAAUCAACUGCCACCACCACCACCACCACAAUAGACUAUACAAUGUAUUCAAAUCCAGUUACAAUCAAUUAUGCAGGAAAGGAUUUAAUUUAUUAUUCACUUCCACAAAUUGAUAUUCCAGGUGUCAAGGUAGGAUAUCAUCAUUCUGGACCAGUACUAGAUUCAAUGGAUAGUCCAAAACCAGAAUACCCACAAGAAUACCAAGAUAUGGUAUCUGGUUUUGUUGGUAAAUACAUGCCAGGAUUAAAUAACAAAUUAGAUAGUAAUACCAAAACACUACUAUGUCAUUAUACCAAUACAUCUGAUUUUCACUUUAUUAUUGAUCGUCAUCCAUCACAUCGUAAUAUAAUUAUUGCCAGUCCUUGUUCUGGACAUGGUUUCAAAUUUGGACCUGCCAUUGGUCAAAUUGUUUUAGAUUUGGUCAUGGACAUCGAUACACCAAUCCCUUUGGAUGACUUUUCACUCAAAAGAUUUAAAUCAAAUAUUUAUAAAAGAAUUGGUGCCUAA